AUGGCCAGGGAAACAAAUUUAGUAACAAUCAUCGGUGAAGACAGCUACAAAAAAUUACGGUCUUCAAAAUGUCUCCUGGUUGGUGCUGGGGGGAUUGGGUCUGAAUUGUUAAAGGAUAUAAUAUUGAUGGAAUUUGGUGAAAUUCAUAUUGUCGAUUUGGACACUAUUGACCUUUCGAACUUAAAUAGGCAAUUUCUUUUCAGGCAGAAGGAUAUUAAACAACCAAAAUCUACCACAGCUGUAAAAGCGGUCCAGCAUUUCAAUAAUUCCAAACUAGUGCCCUAUCAAGGAAAUGUUAUGGACAUUUCUACCUUCCCGUUACAUUGGUUUGAGCAAUUUGACAUUAUUUUCAAUGCUCUUGACAACUUGGCUGCAAGACGGUAUGUCAAUAAGAUAUCACAGUUUCUAUCACUGCCCUUAAUAGAAUCUGGAACAGCUGGAUUUGAUGGAUACAUGCAACCGAUUAUCCCCGGGAAAUCUGAGUGUUUUGAAUGCACAACGAAGGAAACACCGAAGACUUUCCCCGUGUGUACUAUCAGAUCGACCCCUUCUCAGCCAAUUCACUGUAUUGUUUGGGCGAAAAACUUUCUAUUUAACCAGCUAUUCGCGUCAGAGGUCUCUGUAAAUGAAGAUGAUGACAACCAGGAUUGGGGCACAGAUGAUGCUGAAGAAAUUAAGCACAUUAAACAAGAAACUAAUGAAUUGCAUGAACUACAGAAAAUUAUCAUCUCGAAUGAUGUAUCGCGUAUUCCAGAGAUCCUUAAUAAAUUAUUCAUUCAAGAUAUAAAUAAAUUGUUAGCCAUUGGGAAUUUAUGGAAAACAAGAACGAAGCCAGUACCAUUGUCAGAUUCUCAGAUAAAUGGGUCUAUUAAGACAACAAAGUUUGGCUCUAACUCUGUUGGAACACUACAGGAGCAAAUCAAUCAUUUCAUCAAUAUUACACAAAAAUUAAUGGAUCGCUAUGCCAAAGAGCAAAAUCAUAUUGAGUUUGAUAAAGAUGAUGUUGACACUUUGGAAUUUGUCGUAACGGCUGCGAAUAUAAGGUCACAUAUAUUUAAUAUCCCAAUGAAGUCCGUAUUUGACAUCAAACAAAUUGCUGGUAACAUUAUCCCGGCUAUUGCAACAACAAAUGCUAUUGUUGCCGGUGCGUCAUCAUUAAUUUCAUUGCGUGUUUUAGAUCUUUUGAAAUAUGCCCCAAUCACUAAGUAUACUGACUUGAAUAUGGCUUUCACGGCAAAGGCAAGCAAUCUGUCCCAAAAUCGUUAUUUAUCAAAUCCGAAACUAGCCCCUCCAAAUUGUAAUUGUCCAGUCUGUUCCAAAGUUUGUAGGGGCGUUAUUAAGUUAUCCAGCGAAUGCGUGAAGAAAAUGAAACUAUCUGAUCUAGUCGGUUUAAUACGCGAAAAAUACACAUAUCCGCAGGAUAUCUCGCUACUAGACGCAACUAAUCAAAGGUUAUUACUUGAUUUCGAUUUCGAGGAUUUGAACGAUCGUACUUUAUCGGAAGUUAAUCUUGGAAAUGGUUCUAUAAUACUGUUUUCCGAUGAAGAAGGUGAUACGAUGAUUCGCAAAUCCAUUGAAUUAUACCUUUCUGUUGAUGAUGAACUCCCUUGUGAUACGUGCAGAUUACCGGACAUUCAAGUCCCAUUAGUGAAGACUGGUAAUAGUACAUCAACAAAUGAAGAGCAGGAAAGAGGUGAAAAAGGUACAGAUGCAGUUACAACCGCGAAUAGUCAUGGGGAGGAUGGCAUCGUGAUAUUAGACGAUGAUGAAAAUGAGAUCGUCAUUGAUAUGGAACCGAUGAAUGGCUCAAAGAAAAGGCCGAUUGAUACUGAGGUUUCUGAGACGUCCAGUAAUAAAAGGACAAAGUUAGCGAAUGAAUCAACUAAUUUUGAUAUUGUUGGACUAGACUAA